UAUAUGGUUUAUUUCUUCUUAUGCACGUGGUUCCGGUAUUAAUGAGUGACAGGUGACUGUCGAAGCCGGUUAUAAUUAUAACUAUGGCAGGUUCAGGAGCCAGUGCAAGACAUAUAUUUUUGACAGGCACUCCAGGGAUUGGCAAGACCACCUUAAUUCACAAGGCCUGUCAAUCUCUGAACAAAGCAGGACUUCUUACUCAAGGCUUCUACACAGAAGAGGUCCGAGUUAAUGGCAGGAGAACAGGUUUUGAUGUUGUUACAUUAAAUGGUAGAAGAGGACCCCUUGCCCGAGUCAGUGAGCAGUGUGACACUUUCUCUGGGCGAAGAAGGGAGUACAGAGUGGGCCAGUAUUCUGUGGAUCUGCAGUCAUUUGAACAAACAGCCAUGCCUACCAUCAACACCAGGAGCGUUAGUCCAGGACAGGAACCAGUGUUUGUAAUUGAUGAGAUCGGGAAGAUGGAGCUGUUUAGUCAGUCGUUUGUCCAGUCAGUGAGGGGCAUCCUGGAUAAUCCCAUGACAACUGUGCUGGCAACUAUUCCAGUCUCCAGGGGAAAACCGAUCUCAUUUGUGGAGGAAGUGCGCAAUAGAAAAGAUGCAGUUGUCUACACGGUAACAAGGGAAAACAGAGACAACAUUCUGAAGGAAAUUGUGGAGUCCGUGAAGUGUUCAGUGGAGACCUUCAACUCUUGAUACAAUGUGAUGUGGAGACCUCCAGAUCGUGACACAAUGUGAUGUGGAUGCCUACAGCUCGUGACACAAUGUGAUGUGGAGACCUCCAAAUUGUGACACAAUGUGAUGUGGAGACCUCCAGAUUGUGACACAAUGUGAUGUUUAGACCUCCAGAUUGUGACACAAUGUGAUGUGGAGGCCUACAGCUCGUGACACAAUGUGAUGUGGAGACCUCCAGAUUGUGACACAAUAUGAUGUUAAGGCCUACAGCUCGUGACACAAUGUGAUGUGGAGGCCUACAGCUCGUGACACAAUAUGGUGUGGAGACCUCCAGAUUGUGACACAAUGUGAUGUGGAGACAUCCAGAUUGUGACACAAUGUGAUGUGGAGACCUCCAAAUUGUGACACAAUGUGAUGUGGAGACCUCCAGAUUGUGACACAAUGUGAUGUGGAGACCUCCAAAUUGUGACACAGUGUGAUGUGAAGACCUCCAAAUUGUGACACAAUGUGAUUCGGGACCUCCAGAUUGUGACACAAUGUGAUGUGGAGGCCUACAGAUCGUGACACGAUGUGAUGUGGAGACCUCAAGAUUGUGACACAAUGUGAUGUGGAGACCUCCAGAUUGUGACACAAUGUGAUGUGGAGACCUCCAGAUUGUGACACAAUGUGAUUCGGGACCUCCAGAUUGUGAAACAAUGUUAUGUGGAGACCUCCAGAUUGUGACACAAUGUGAUGUUGAGGCCCACAGCUCGUGACACAAUGUGAUGUAGAGGCCCACAGCUCAUGACACAAUGUGAUGUGGAGGCCUACAGCUCAUGACACAAUGUGGUGUGGAGACCUCCAGAUUGUGACACAAUGUGAUGUGGAGACCUCCAGAUUGUGACACAAUGUGAUGUUUAGGCCUCCAGAUUGUGACACAAUGUGAUGUGGAGACCUCCAGAUUGUGACACAAUGUGAUGUUUAGGCCUCCAGAUUGUGACACAAUGUAAUUUGGGACCUCCAGAUUGUGAUGCAAUGUGAUGUGGAGGCCUCCAGAUUGUGACACAAUGUGAUUCGGGACCUCCAGAUUGUGACAACGAAAUUCGGGACCUCCAGAUUGGGACGCAAUGUGAUGUGGAGGCCUCCAGAUUGUGACACAAUGUGAUUCGGGACCUCCAGAUUGUGACACAAUGAAAUUUCGGGACCUCUAGAUUGCGACACAAUGUGAUGUGGAGGCCUCCAGAUUGUGACACAGUGUGAUGUGAAGACCUCCAAAUUGUGACACAAUGUGAUGUGGAGACCUCCAGAUUGUGACACAAUGUGAUGUGGAGACCUCCAAAUUGUGACACAGUGUGAUGUGAAGACCUCCAAAUUGUGACACAAUGUGGUGUGGAGACCUCCAGAUUGUGACACAAUGUGAUGUGGAGACCUCCAGAUUGUGACACAAUGUUAUGUUGUUUAGGCCUCCAAAUUGUGACACGAUGUGGUGUGGAGACCUCCAGAUUGUGACACAAUGUGAUGUGGAGGCCUACAGCUCGUGACACAAUGUGAUGUGGAGGCCUACAGCUCGUGACACAAUGUGAUGUGGAGGCGUACAGCUCGUGACACAAUGUGAUGUGGAGACCUCCAAUUGAGCAUUAUAAGCAUUGAGAAUUAUGUUGGAUGAUAAAUAAAAUCUCACCCUCGUGUCUGUUUAUAUCAAAUAUAUCAACACUCGUUGAUAAAAGUUGAAGAAAUCCUUGGCAAGCCUCGGAGUUUUCCCACUUUUAACAACUCAUGUUGAUAUAUUUGAUAUCAAAAGACACUCAGGUGAGAUUCUCUAUAUGGCAAACAUGGAAAAAUGAAACUUAAUUAUGUAUUAUUUAUUUGUUGUUAAUAAUUGAAUACCCUGUAUUUGUUGAGGGAAAAUACCAAUUGCUUAAGAUGGUUCAUUUUGUGUGAGUGAGUGAGUGAGUUGGAUUUAACGCCGCUUUUAACAGUAUUCCAGUUAUAUCGCAG